GUAAGCAGAGAGACUUUACUCAGAGAAGCUUACACAACAAUUUUAUUUUGGGAGAAAGAGUGAUCAUCGGAAGCAUCAUCUCGGCGAUGGGUUGGCUGACGAGAUUUUUAACAGCGGUAGCGUUUUUAGCCGCCGGAGUUAUAUUCUCACCGGAGACAUUCGGAUCGUUAUCAAAGGGCGAGAAUUCGGCGAAGGUUUUGAUAUUGGUGAAGCUAGCUCAUCUACUCAGCUUCGCUACAGCUUGGGGAGCUGCUCUCUGGGCUACCUUCAUCGGCGGAAUCAUCAUGUUCAAGAACUUACCGAGGCAUCAGUUCGGUAACCUCCAGAGCAAGAUGUUUCCAGCUUAUUUCACUCUUGUUGGUUCUUGCUGCGCCAUUUCACUCUCUGCCUUUGGGUAUCUCCAUCCAUGGAAGUCUUCUUCUGCUGUGGAGAAGUAUCAGCUAGGGUUCCUUGUCUCGGCUUUUGCUUUCAACCUCACUAAUUUGCUCGUCUUCACUCCCAUGACCAUCGAUAUGAUGAAGCAAAGGCACAAAGUAGAGAGAGAGAACAACAUUGGAGAUGAAGUUGGUUGGUCCAAGAACAGGGAGAAGGCAAAGACUAUCCCUCAGCUAGCUGCCAUGAACAAGAAGUUUGGUAUGAUUCACGGGUUAUCAUCUCUCGCUAACAUCUUCUCUUUUGGAAGCCUUGCCAUGCAUUCUUGGUACCUUGCUGGGAAGAUGGAUCUCUAAAUUUCUUGUCACAAAAGGUCUGAGCUUUUAUGCCUCCCUUCAUGAAUAAAAUCUCUUGCUUUGUAAGAUUAUUAUACCAGAAGGUGAAACAGUUUGUUAUAAUGAUAUCGUUUUUUUUUCUUUUAAA